AAUGAUUGAGUCAUUCUUCUAUUAGAUAACAGCAGCUAUUUAAAUACUUCAGCAGAAGCUCACGUAUUUUUAGUUUGUUGAAGUUCGUGACUGCUGCACUCUCUCUUUCUUGGCUUGACUUUGGAAAUGACUUUUGAUGACCUAAACAUCAAGACCAUGAGGGACCACCCUGAUGAGAAGUCAAAUGGAAGAAAGGCUAAAGGUCUUCCCUUUCUUUAUUCUCCAUGGUGGUGCCUGGUUGCUGUGACUCUAGGGGUCCUUUGCCUGGGAUCAGUGGUGAUCAUUAUAAAGCUGGGUGUGGAAUUAUCCCAGGUAUCGGACCUCCUAACACAACAGCAAGUAAACCUAACUCACCAGAAAAAUAAACUGGAGAGACAGAUCUCAGCCCGGCAACAGGCAGAAGAAGCUUCACAGGAAUCACAAAAAGAACUUAAAGAAAUUAUUGAAACCCUCGCCCAGAAGCUGAAUGAGAAAUCCAAAGAGCAAAUGGAACUUCACCAACAGAAUCUGAAUCUCCAAGAAACACUGAAGAGAGUAGCAAAUUGCUCAGCUCCUUGUCCUCAAGACUGGAUCUGGCAUAAAGAAAACUGUUACCUGUUUCCCUCGGGCUCACUUGACUGGAAAAAGAGCCAAGAGAACUGCUUAUCUUUGGAUGCCAAGUUGCUGAAAAUUAAUAGUACAGAGGAUCUCGACUUCAUCCUGCAAGCAAUUUCCCAUUCCAGUUUCCCAUUCUGGACUGGGCUGUCUCGGAGGAACCCCCGCUACCCGUGGCUCUGGGAGGACGGUUCUCCUUUGAUGCCCUACUUAUUUAGACUCCGAGGUGCUAUUUCCCAGACAUACUCCUUAGGUACCUGCGCAUAUAUACAACAAGGAGCUGUUUUUGCAGAAAACUGUGCUUUAGUUGCCUUCAGAAUAUGUCAGAAGGAGGCAAAUCUAUUAAGAGCACAGUGAAUUUGAAGACUCUGGAAGAAAAGAAGAAAAUCUUUGAGUUUUAUUCUGGAAUUUAAGCUAUUCUUUGGGUGCAAAGCAUGAGAGCCCAGAGGACGGUCAGCUAGCUGGCUGCACAAUUCCUUUGCAGAAACUGGGGCUCCAGGUGCGUGCAUGGCACCUUUAUGCCAACAUUUUUUAUUCUAGCUGUCUGUAUUACUUCACCUAGCUUGUCCCAAGCUUCCCUGCUAGCUGAAGUCCAUUUGCCUCAUUUUAAAAUUUGACUCCUCUUCAAGCUUGAAAACUCUCUGCACUCAGUCUUCUCUACCUCCUUAUCACCUUCCCCUCACCCUCCUAAAAUUGCGUAAAAGACAGAACAUGGAGAACUUGCUCAACUGCAGCCAGAGAGCAAAAAGGGGAAAUAUGCCCAGGAAAACGUGCACAUGAAGAAACAGAGAGGGGCAGAGGCCAAUCAAGAAACACAUGUUCUUCACUUUAAAAGCUAUCACUCCUUGGUUUUUAAACUGUGGUUCAAUCUCCAGACUCUCUACCAUUUACACACACACACACACACACACACACACACAUAUUUUGGGACAAGUGGGGAGUCCGAGGAAGUAAUUAGUAAAUGAGUGGUCUUUUCUGUGAGCUAAUCCACAACCUAUUAGUACUUCCUAAAUUAGUUAUUAUUUCUUCAUCAUUUUUUUCUACCAGAGAACAGCUUAAUAGCUUUAACCCUUCACAACAGUUCUUGUUAGAAUCAUGGGAUGUGUGGCCCAGAGGUAAGAAUGAAAUUUCUUUCCCUAAAGAACAUACCCUUUGUAGAUGACCUCUUCUCAACUCUGUUUUGCUAUGCUAUAAUUUUGAAAUAUACAAGAUGAAAAAAUUAAGAUAUUCAAUCUAGAACAAACUGAGCCAGGUAUUCAAAUAUUACCGAAUAGAAACAGAUGGAAUUAGAAAUAUAUCUUCUGUUUUCAGGUUUCUAUUUCUUUUCCACUCAUUCUUCAUAGGUUAUUCUACUUUAAGAAAGUCCUUUUAUUUUGCUGAACAUAAUCUAGCCGGAAUCUUUUUUUGUUUUGUUUUCUUAAAGAGCUGAAUCAUCCUUAGGAAGUCAAGAGAUGUUUGCUUUUGUUAAUAGCUUUACUGAGAUAUAAUUAACAUAA